AUGAGACUAUUCAAGAAAAGAUUUACACACCAUAUACUACUCACACUACAGACUAUUUGUCUGUUUAAGCCAAUUACACCAAGAUGUCUGUCAGUCCCAGAUAUAGGCGCAGUUCUUACAACGAAGGUUGCUGUAGACAAAGACCACCGUAAGAUAGUAAUAAACCCGGAUGGGCCACUGAACCCUUUGCGAGGAUAUAUAAGCAAGGAAAGUGGAUACACAUACAACAAAAGACUAUUCUCCCCUGAGAUAAGUACAGACUACAAAAUACAAGAAGUGAAGCAAGAUGAAGGGCCGCUCUUAUACCAUAAUGAAAGAAAUCCUUUAGGAGACAGAGCAUAUCUAGAAACUCUAAAAGGGAAUGAGUUAUUUAUAUACCUUGAACGGUAUCACAAUGUAUUAAUUAGUCUGUUUUAUCCGUAUAAGGACUCAGUCACAGCAUACCAUAAUGAAGUCCCAAGGAAUUGCUUUUACAACUUUCUUAAGAGUAACAGCAGAAGUUCUUUAGACCUUCAUAUUUUGGCGAAUUUACUGCUUAUCUCUGAGGGAAUGGAUUCUUUUAUGGAGAUAAGAACUAAUAAUGAUUAUGAAAAGGAAAUUGUAAUAGAAAUAGAAGAUGGAAACUUUCAACACGUUGACUUGAAUCUCAACAAAUCUGUUCCCAAAAAAAAGCUAUUCAGAAGGGCAAAACCAGUUAAAAAGAUUGAUAGAUAUGAAAGCUCCAUUAAAAUCAUCGAGUUUUUUAUAAAUAACAGGGCAAAUCCAAUCUUUUUAUCAGGAGGGAAAUAUUCUGAUCCUAAGACUUUUGAAAGAUUCCAACAAGGAAGGUUUCUUAACACUCCAAAGUGGCUUAUUCAAGCAUAUAUAUAUGAAUACAUUGAUAGCAUACAAGCAAUGAACAGCUUUAUCAAAAUUAUAUACAACAAUCUGCAAAGAUAUAUGAGCAUGGAAGAUAUACCUGAUCAAGUAGAUACUCCCAAUGAUUUAACCGUGAAUAUUCCAGAAAUAAUCAAACAACAAGCAUCUGAGUUCAAGGUUAAAACUUUCAAGACAGUUUUCAAAAAAGUCCCUAAGGAUCUAAUGCACUUCUUUAAAUAUAAAGCUAUACCGGUCCAGGUUAAAGUAGAAGAAAAAAAUGUCAAAAAAAUAGAGAGGAGAAAAUUAAACUCAAUUAUCCCCCCACAAGACAUCUAUAACAAUUUCUUCUGCAUUGAUGUAAGUGUUACGAGUAUUUAUAACGAACAAAUAGAUUUUCUCAUGCAAAUAGAUGAUAUUCUUACGCAACCAAAACAACUGUGCAUUCGAACACUUGGAAAAGCACUAACAGCCACAGAUACAAAAUUAGUAAGAUUAUUUAGGAUAGAUUCAGAAGAGACUAUUUUAAGCUAUAUAGACGAAAUAUUAGUUGACACUCCUAAUAUUUCACUGGUGACUCUUUUCAAAUUCUGGUUCCAUAGUAAUGAUGCAAAAUAUCAAACUGACAGAUACGCAUUAAAAGUAGCUAAUCCAGAUGUAGGCAACUUUUUUUCUACAUGUCUGACCUCAGAUACACUUCUAGAUGGACGCAUAGUAUCUCGUUGGAAUUAUAUAAUCAAAAAGAUUACCAAUAAGACAAAUGUUGAACUAUCUGGAGAAUUUAUUGACAAUGGCUUCCUGAAUAUAUUUAGGUUUAUGGUAUAUACUAUCCACAAAAAUUAUCAAAAAGAGUUUCUGAAUAUACUGGAUGAUCUCGAGAAAAUACUAAAUGUGAAAUCCACUGAUAGUAUUAAUGAACAUGAUCGAGAGAAAUAUAUAGAUGCCAAAGAAUGUUUGAAGUACUUUAUUGAAUUCUUCUUUGGAUUAAUGUUUAAUAUUAAGAAGGAUGAAAAAAUGGACGUGUUUGGCCAGCUCAAGAAAAAUAUAGAGGUGUCUUUCCAUCAGCUAAAAAUAGAAAGCUACAAUGAUAGGAUAGAAAUAUUUGGAGACAUAAAUGUGUGCUACACAUAUAACCGCGAGAAAGUUUUAUUUAAAUUUAAAACAGACCAGAAUGCCACAAGUAUGUCCAUUCCAACAGCAUGCAUGGUGAUGGCUGAAGAAGAGAAAGAUGAGCUAACAAAAAUAGAAGAUACAGUACUUAAGAGCACUCCCAAAACAUUCAUAGCUUAUAUGUAUCAUACACAUAUCCUUAAUAUGAUCCACAAUAGUAAACUACUAAUACAGGAUAAGAUUAUAUCAGACCACACAAUCAGACAACUGAAAGAAAAAGAGCUAGAACAUUUCAACACAAUGCAUCUUUAUGGAAAAAUUAAUACACUUCGCCAUAAAAUUAAUGCAAUAACAUGCUUUCUUUCUAUUGCAACAGAUAUUUCACUUAAAGAACCAAACAAGUUCAUUAGAGUAUUACGGUAUAUUAACAAUUUAAUAGGAAGCAUAUCGUUUAACAAAAAAUCUGUAGAGGUAAAAAACCUGCUUUUGCCUAUCCUGUCACAUGUAGGCAUUGACCAAAAUUACUUUCCUAACUUACCAGAAAGUAUGCUUUCAGGCAUAUAUCCUAAGUGCGAAACUGAUAUCAACAUUGCUUCCCUACUUCUAAAGUAUGCUCUAGCUUUAAAAGACCCAAAUCGUAUUUUCUGCUGGAUAAGAAUACACUUAGACCUAGAAGAUUUGCCCAACAAGAAUACUAUAUCUAUGAUUUUGUCGCAGCUAAACUAUUACGAAACUAUCGACUUUGUCAUGCUGUUAACUAAUAAUUUUACUUCAACUUUCUACCUUGAAGAACUAUGCAAGCAUAUGUGUAAGAACAGACGCAAGGUGCUUAAAAAACCAUUUUUCGAAUUCCCACGCGAAGUAGAAUCAAUUUAUUACAUGUGUCUUUACAUAGCUUGCCAGGAAUCUAAACUGACCAAUCAGAACAUGAAAUUCAUACAUGAAACGAUCUGCUUCCUUCACAAAUUGCCUUUAUACUAUGCGGUGCUUCCUACCUAUAUUGUCAAAAUGACCCCUUUCGGUAUUGAAAAUUUCGUGAAGAUAAUUAAUAUGCAUCUAAAUGAUGCAUGCAGACGGCGUGAUUCACUUAAGUUCAAUCGUAUAUAUUCUAUUCUAAGCAAGUUAAACUGUUUUAAUACACAUAAUAAGUUGAAAUGCCCUACUUUAGAAUCACUUAUACUUAAUAGGGCAAAAUUUAGAAAAGCAUUUUCAGAUCCUGAAUGGAAGCCGCCCAGACUAGGCGUCUAG